CUGGUAACGUGACUUCCUGGUAACGUGUUAGGUAGGAAAAGCAGUAAAAAAGUGCAUAUUAAGGGAGCAGAUUUGAAAUAAUAUUUAUACUUAACAAGAAAUAAUUAAAGGUUCAAUGGGGAGACCUAAAGAUUUACGCAUAUGGGAGCACUACCGUACUUUACCAAACAAGUCUGUUUCUUGCAAGCUUUGUAAUAAGGUCUACAAAUUCAGUAAUGCUGCCAAAAUGCUUCAACAUCUUAUCACUUGUCCAAAAUCUCCAGAAACAUUAAAAGACUCUAUGAAACUUAUAAAAGAUAGCUCGUCCAAAACCAAAAUGUCUGGACUGUCAGAGAUAGAGACAAAUGAUUCUUUUAUAAGCCCCUCGUCGUCUGCUAACACUACAAUAAAUGCUGAGUUUCAAGACACCGAUGAUCAUAUAAAAACAGAAUUAGCGAGAGCUAUAUUUGUAACAGGGACGCCAUUAUCGAUGGUGCAACAUCCUUUAUGGAUACAAUUUUUCGAAAAAUUGCAACCAAAAUUUAAAAUACCUUCACGUAAAGCUUUAGCGACAAAAUACUUAGAUAAAAUAUAUAGAGAAAUGCGUUUUGAGUUAAAUGAGGAACUAAAUGCUUGUAGUUACUUACACCUUCAGUGCGAUGGCUGGUCUAAUUUAAGAAAUGAAGGAAUAAUAAACUUUCUUAUAUCAAAACCUCAACCUGCAUACGUUAAAAGUUUGAAUACAGAAAGUAAUCCUCACACUAGUGAAUACCUUAGCCAAGAAGUUGAAAAAGUAAUGAAAGUGUAUGGAGCAAAUAAGUUUCUUGUACUUAUUGGCGAUAACGCUAGAAAUAUACAAAAGGCAUUCGAAUUAACAAAACUCAAAUAUCCACAUGUUGUUCCUCUCGGUUGCUGUGCACAUAUCCUUAACUUGUUGUGCCAAGAUAUUGUAAAGAUACAAGAAGUAACUGUGUUUAUUAUGCAAGCCAUAAAUAUAAUAAAAACUGUUAAAAGGAGUCAACGAUUAAGUUCCUUGUUGAUAAAAUCAAGGCAGGGUGAAGAUUCUACACAAACACUAAAAUUGCCUUGUGCUACAAGAUGGGGAAGUCAUGUUACUUCGUUAAAAAGUUUGAAAGCAAAUAAGAUAGCUUUGCAAAUAUUAACAGUUAGAGAAGAUGUAGUAAUUUCAAGAGAUAUUAAAGAUUUAAUUCUAAGUGAUGAUUUCUGGACGAAGACAGGGGAAUGUAUAAGUAUUUUGGAACCAGUCACUGAAAGCAUAUUUUACUUAGAGAGCGACCAGAAUCGUUUGCAUCGCACAUACAUUACAUUUAGAGAUGUACAAGCUAAGAUACGUUUUGCAUUAAAUGAGAUUUCGACAUUGAGCGAAGAAAGCAAACAGCAGAUUCUAACAUCAGUAUCUUCAAGAUGCAAUAUGGCAAUGAGGCCAAUACAUUUUGCAGCAUAUAUUCUAGACCCCAGGACUCUAGGAGUCGAACUUACUCAAGAGGAAGAACUUAAGGGUAUGGAGUUUAUCUACAAUUUAAGCCAACACUUAAGUUUGUCAAAUGUAAUGGCAGAUUUGGCGUGUUAUAAAGCUAAAGAAAACUUUUGGGCCAGAGGAUUUGUAUGGAGCUCAUUAGAUAGCAUUGAGCCCCUAAUAUGGUGGAAAGGUAUUUGUGGUUCCACUGAGUUAAGCAAAGUAGCGAUUCGUAUUCUAUCAGCUCCCUGUACUUCGGCAGCCACUGAGCGUUCCUUUAGUAUCCAAGGCUACAUACAUAAUAACAAAAGAAAUCGACUUACAACUGAAAGAACUGAAAAAAUUUCAUUCAUUUGUUAUAACUGGAAUCUUAAACAUAAAGCUGAAUGCGAGGACAUUCAGUUUAAUGAAGAAAAUACCUUAGAAGCUUUCAUUGAGCAAGUAAAUGAACAUAACAGUUUAGACGAAAUAGAGCCUAUCGAACCUAUACAAUUCAUCGCUUGUAAUAACUCUGAAUCUGACAGUGAUUGACUGUAGUUUUACAUUUUACUUUCAUCUCUUUCUUAAUAAACUCAAAAUCAAAUUAAAAGUUUUUUAUUCUGUAGGCUGCAUAAUAAUAUUGUCUAUGUCCAGUAUAGUGGACGUCUUGCGGCUGAGAUGACGAUGAUGAAGUACAAAAUCAUAAACACCCAAAAAUUUGGGUGUUUAUGGGGUUUAAACCCAAUAAACCCAAAACACCCGGUUUUUACCCACCAGACUUUAAACCCACCCAGGUGGAUUGCCCAUCUCUAGGCGCAGGUAAUU